AUGAAUUCUGAUAUUCCAAGCCCAACGAGUUCUAUGGAGGUUCACCAUGGAAGCCCUCCGCCUGAUCCACGUAUAUUGCAAGGCAAUGGUGUUGCAAGCGCUACGCAAGAGCGGUUUGCAACCUUGGGUAAUGGCUCUGACAGCAGGAAGCCAUCGGGAAGCAAUCUCCUGGAAGAGUUGCCAGCAGAUAACACAAGGAAUGGCUACUCGAAGACUGGGACCACGAAUGGCAUGCUUCCGAGAUCCGAUCCUUCUGAUAUGGCCAGCCCUCCUAGAAAACGACGCAAGCUUGACUUAACAAGCUCGUACAUUUUCUGCUUUCCAGAGGCCUAUGGACAAGAGUUGAAGAUGCCUACAGCUGAAGAUAAACAACAGCCUGGCGAUGAGCCUGACAACAGUCCCAAUGAGAAGAACGAGGUCGAAGCAGGCAAUGAGGGUGCAGAUGCUUGA